AUGUCAGAGGAAAAAUUCGAUGCAGCAUUAGCUUUGCUAAGCAGGUUAGAUCCUGAAAACUUAGUGGCGAAUAUUAAGGCGAUAAUUGAACUGGAACCGGAGUUGGCUGGAGAUUUGUUGUCAUCCGUCGAUACCCCAUUGAAAGUUAAAUCAGACACUGAUUUUCAAAACACAGAGUUUCUGUGUUGCGAUUACAAUCGCGAUAUUGAUUCCCAUAGGUCGCCAUGGUCGAACGAGUAUCUUCCUAAGUUGUCCAGCGAGGAGCUAACUGAAAGCCCAUUCCCAAGCGACUCUCUAAGACAGCUGGAGAUAGCGAUGAAUGAGUCUAUGGAUAUAUAUCGUGAUCUUUACUACGAAGGGGGGGUCUCUUCAGCCUACCUUUGGGACUUGGAUGAGGCAACGGACGAUUUUGCAGGGGUUGUCCUUUUCAAAAAGGGCCUCGAGAGUGUCAAUCGUUGGGACAGUAUCCAUGUUUUUGAGGUCAUUAAUACCGGCAGUCAUGAUUUUACGUAUCGUAUAACCACCACUAUUAUAUUGCAUUUGGAAAGACAAGGCAAUAAUAAUGUUACGUUGUCUGGGAAUCUGACAAGGCAAACCGAGAAAAGUGUGACGCUCAAUGGUGCUGGCAGUGAGGAAAAAGUACAUCUGGCACAUAUCACAAACCUUGGGAGUACAAUAGAAGAGGUCGAAUCUCAGAUGAGAGGGCUCCUAGAAGUCGUCUAUUUCGACAAGAGCAGAGAUAUCUACCAUGAAUUGAGAAACGACUCAGCUCUCGCAGACAAACUAAAUAAACACAAGCACCAGGAGUUGAUCAAAGGUCUCCAAGGGUUGUAG